UAUCAGGCUCAAUUACGCGAAAACCUCUCUGUUGACAUCACGUCCACAGAUCCUAAUAUUAAAUGUCGACCGUAAAUGCGCCGGAAUGGGUAAAUCAACAACUUUUCAGUGAUUUACUGAAACACAAUUGCAGUGAGUUUGAUGAGAUACAAAAGUUUGAAGUGACCGCCGCGAUCAGUGGAGGGGAAAAUUAUAUGACGAUAGUGCUGAGAAUCGGCGUUGAGUUCAGAUUGAAAGAUGACAGCUGCAAUAAUGAGAGUUACAUACUGAAAAUUCCAUUGGUCAAUGAUCGUGGCGAUCAGCACAAUUUUCAUGAAUUGUUCGUCGUUGAGAGUGAUAUGUACGAGCGUCUAGUACCCGAGCUAGGGCAACUGUAUGCCAAGCAUACAAAUCUCUCUGUCAGAUUUAAGCCAGCUCAUCUGAAGUUCAUAGAAAACCCACCCAACUGCGACUACAUAUUGAUGGAAGAUCUGCGUAAGCAAGGGUAUAUAAAUCUGGAGCGUAUGGUGGGCCUCGGCCAAACCGAAAUCAAGGCCGUGCUUAAGAAGUUAGCUCAAUGGCAUGCAGCCUCCGCUCAGAGAGUCGUCGAACUGGGCGACUACGAUGAAAAGUAUCAGAAAAGUUAUAUGUCAGAGCCAGAAUGGGUCAAGCAUAUGAACUUAGCAUUUAAUGGUCCCUUCUUGGAGUAUAUGCAGCAGCUAUAUGAACUGGAGCCAAGUCAACAACUGUUGGUUACCAACUACACGGAACGCCUGAAUGACCUAUAUUUGGAGUUUGGCCGCGUAAAAAAAUCCGAGUUUAAUGUGCUGAACCAUGGGGAUUUCUGGUGCAAUAAUUUUCUGUUCAAGCUGAAUGGUGGGAAUAUCCAGGACAUUUGUUUUGUUGAUUUUCAAGUGCCAAAAUAUGGCACACCGGCUCAGGACUUGUUCUCCCUGUUGAUGACAACUCCCAAUAUACAGAUUAAAUUAAAGAAAUUUGAUGAUUUCAUAGAGUUUUAUUUUGAUGAGCUUAUUGCGCAUCUGAAGCUGUUCAAAUAUGCUAACAAACUGCCUACCUUAACGGAAUUGCAUAAGAAUCUACGCAGUUAUAGUCUCUGGGCAUUUGUGUGCGCUCAACGAAUGCUGCCUGUAACUCUCUUACCCCCCACUCCCGAUGCCAAUACUACGAAGUUUGAGGGCGACUCGGCUGUGGACUUUAAGCAUAAAAUGUUCACAAAUCCCAGCUAUAUAAAGCAAAUCAAGCUUAUACUACCUUGGCUUAUUGAAAGAGGCUAUAUCAACUAAAUGCAAAGAUGAAGAUAAUGUCAAAGUAAAGAGCUUUUCUUACAUACCAAACUACAUAAUAA